CGCUGGCUUUCGUUUUGCAGCUUCAGGUUUGCUGAGCCGUGCACCCCUUUUCUUUCCCCUUUAGGAAGGUGGCCUGGGAGCCUGUUUUGUAAGGGUUCUGGGGCUAUCCCAGGCCACCUCCAAACUAGUGGUGCCCUUCUCCUUUCCUUCUCCGCUGACCCGCUGCCAGCCUGGGAAGUGGAGAUGCCAGCCUGCGCAGGAUUCCAGCUGAGUGGAAGCCAGUUAUGUCCCAAUUCCACAAAGAUUUGGUGGCCGCGCACCAGUGAUCUUUGUGACCGGUUUGGUUGCAAAAGAAAUUCGAAUGCUUUUGAGCAAAUUCGUACACUUUCAUCCGUUCGGACUGAUCUAAGCGGGUGUGUUGGGAAAACCGGGGCGCAACUCGAGCGCAAUUUUGCGCAACCCGUGCGCAAAUUCGCGCAACAUUCCGCAACUUCAAAAAGUAUACCACUCCGUCCCCAAAGUUCGUACACUUUCUCCCAAACCCGUCCAAAAAUCAAAUUCGGAACGUUCAAAGUACAUGUAUACAGGGGUCCGCAGCCUUUUGGUGGUACCAGUUCCAAGCUCAGCUAGCUUUGCAAAACAUGUCGUCAGGAUCCGACCCUAAACUCGGAUCUUGCAGCACUCUGGUCUAUGGAUCAGAGAUGCUGGGGCGGAACACGCAGGGACCUUCGGAGGGGAACUUGGGGAUUGACGACAUGAUAAAGGCUCAAGAGGAGAGGCUCGCAACAUUGCGAGCUCAACUACGAGAGUGCGGUGGUGAUGAGGGAGAUGUUGGUGUGGUGCCAGUCGUUGAAGGUGCUCCGAUCAUUGCGCACAGCACAGGUCAUUAUCCAGCAGGAGUACCUCCAACCCCUCGAACCUGCCCUCGUGAGCCAGAGCCAAACCAAUCAGGCUCUGUCAAGCGGAAUCUGGCCCAAGCAUUUGUUGAUGAGUCUGUUGCCACAACUCAUCCCAACCCCCCGGAGACUGUCAAGAGUUCCAGGAAAAGCAUGGGCCAUGAUGCCCAAGACCCGAAUUCCUUUUUGAAUGCACCUUUGACCCCAAGGUACACACCAGCAAAGUCUGUGGAUGGAGCCCCAUCCGAACGUCCUUCCCCAAAGCCCAGCCAGACCUCCCAAACACCGUCCCAGCAAAAGUCAAACGAGAAGGACGCGCUGUAUUGGAAGUUGCGAAGGCAAUGUGUGAUCAAGGCGUCUUCUUGUUCAGCCGAAGCUCUAAAACUUUAUAAAACCAAGGAUGGUCGAUCAAAGCUGCGAGAACUCAUGCUGCAGAACGGCUGUGACUUCUCGCUGGUCGAGGUUCAGUUGCAGCGUUGGUCGCAGUCGACUAUGGGACAGAAGCGGAGUGGCCAGUGGGUUACCAAGCACUGCUUGUUAACCACCCACAACUGGACGAAGAAGAUGGUGGAGCAUGCGUGGGAGUUUGCGGCGCGAAACCAACUGCUUCGAGUCAACGAAGUACAUGGUGAGGAAGAAGCCAAACUAGUGAUCGAAGAUGCCUUUUCUUUCGAUCGCAGUGAGAAUGAACGCACGGUGCAAACUAUGAACAUGUCAAUUGAAGAUCCGGAUGGCUCUUACUUGCGAGAUGCUCCCUGCUCAAGCGGCUCCCGCCUCGACAUCUUGAAGCACUUCGACGAGGAUGGAGGCCAAAGUCCUGAGGACAAGGCUGCGGUCAGCUCUGGAUCUUUCAGGAUGUGUUUCCCCACCAUCACCGAGAACGUCAGUGCUGUGGCCAUACUACCAAAAUUUUUGGAAGUCUGUGGUCGCAAACUGGAUAGUGCUGCCCCUGUUCUGGAGAGGUUGGACGGCCUGAAAACGCAGCAAGCAAGGGAGCGGGUGGCCUACACUAAUCGGAACUUUUUUUGUGCGAGUAGACCACAGUGAAAGGCUUUUGAGCGUGAGCCCCGCUUAGGUUUUCCAAGCAAAUUCAGAUUCAAGUUAACUAUAUGAAGGAUGUCUACGCCAAGCUCGAGCAUUUGCAGGGUGAAUGCGCGGUAACACGAACGGCACAGUGACAAGCUUAACAAUACUGAGUCACGAGCGUGGUUCUUCCCACCUUCGUUUUCUUUACCCAUGAAUCUACCCAUACUUCAUGAACCAAAGGCUCAUUGCCUCGACUUCUGAGGCCCGAAAUGCAGAAACAAAUUUUGUCCCUAUGCGCAGAUUGUACCAAGACCGAUGUAGCCCUGAACAACUUGGUGGUUAGGUCAAGGACCUUGAAGGCAACUAAGUCUUCAAAGGCAAGUGGCAGUGGGGGGGCGUCCGCAAAAGCGGGCCCAAAGAAGAAGGUGAAAAGCCAAAAGAAGGCUUAGGCGUUGCAAAGCAAGCCAUGCUUUUUGGAGUGUGGGGAAUAGCCACGCUCGAGUCAAAUUCGAGCAGGGGUUUGUUCAUCUACAUGUCAAAGAGCUUGCCACGUGUCACCUCC